UCGCUCUCAAUCAGCGUCAUAUUGCACAUUUACCGUCAAGGCAGGGGUGUGGUCUAGGAACGAGUCUCAAGAAGCCGCCUACAAGUCAGAAGCCCAAGCCUCCCGCAGUGAUUGCUUGAGGGACAAAGGAAACUGUCGACACAAGACGUCAGCCUCUUCUUAUGCCUGAUCUCCGUCGACCCAAACCCGGUGGUUGAUCUUCGCUCUCGGCAAUAUACGCUCCUUGGCUUCGGCCGAGACGUGAGGGGCUCCUCCACGUCCGCCCAUUCUUCUAUCAUCUGAAUCCCUUUUGAUGGAAACGUCGAAUAUCCAAGCAGAGGAACGAAUACUUGGUGCUCAAAGACCCUGAAGGACCUUUGCGGUCACCAUGCCCGCCGCAAAAGCUCUCUUGUCCAAGCUUUCCCAUGAGAGCGGCCUAUCUGCCAUUCUUCACUCAUCACGCGAUACGAAACUAUUAUGUGUCGCUCGCUUCGUGAGGCUCUUCGCCUACGGCGCCUCAUUUCUUAUUCUCGUGCACUACCUCUCCAUCCUUCGCUUCACUGAUGCUCGCAUUGGCUUGUUCAUGACCUCGACGUUACUCGGGGAUGUCGUCAUCAGCUUCCUAUUGACUUUGAUCACGGAUCAGGUCGGACGCCGACGCGUUCUGGCUACGGGAGCCGUGUUGAUGACUAUGAGCGGUGCGGUCUUUGCGCUCUGCUCGAACUUCUGGUUUCUUUUACUGGCGAGUGUCGUGGGCGUCAUAAGUCCGAGUGGUAACGAAAUCGGACCUUUCAAGGCCGUGGAAGAAUCCAUACUCGCUCAACUCACAGAGAAGGACCAGCGGAGUGACAUCUUUGCGUGGUAUACGUUGUUUGGCACCUUGGGCGCCGCGUUGGGGACUUUGAGCUGUGGCUUUAUGGUUCAGAUUCUGAAAGGACAGGAAUCGUGGACCCCGGCUGGUCCGUACAGAGUCGUGUUUGGGGCCUACGCUCUGCUGGGAUCGGUGAAGCUUAUCCUCACUUUGAUGCUCAGCAAAUCUGUCGAGCUCGACCGGCCGAAACAAGUCUACCAGGAAGUUCCAAUCGAGCUGGAGGAUGAGGGCUUACUUUCCGGCAGCUCUGACGAAGAAACCCCUGAAGCUCGUUCGAGCAAGCGGAUAUCUGCUCACGCAUCGGCGUCUCCAUCGCCGCCAACCCCAACUCUCCUGAGUCGCAUCCGUUCCCUCCUGCCGUAUAUUUCUCCUACUUCUCGGCUGAUACUAAUGCGCCUCCUCCUCCUCUUUUUUCUCGACUCGUUCGGCUCCGGGCUCGCCUCUCCUUCCUGGCUCACCUACUUUUUCACCACGGUCCACUCCCUCGAGAGCUCAACACUCGGCACAUUGUUCCUCGUCACCAAUCUCCUCGCGACGCUUUCCAACCUCGCCGCCCUCCCUCUCGCACGGCGCCUGGGUCCGCUCAAAACGAUGAUCUUUACCCACCUACCGUCAGCCAUCUUCCUCAGUCUGGUUCCUUUCCCUCCCGCCACAACAACGGGGACCUGGUUGGCAAUGGGAUUCCUCAGCCUGAGAGCCUGCACGCAGAGCAUGGAUCAAGCGCCAAGGCAGGCGUUCUUAUCCUCGGCGGUUCUGCCGGCAGAACGGACUGCAGUGUUAGGGGUCGUGAAUAUCGCGAAGACUCUCGCCCAGGCAGGCGGUAUCGGAGUGUCAGGUGUGUUGGCUGGUGCGAGAUUGUGGGUUGUGAUGCUGGCGGGAGCGGGAGCGAUGAAAGCUUCCUACGAUCUGCUUAUGCUGUGGAUGUUUUUGGGCAUCAAGGACCGAGAAUCCGACAGUACUCGACCGGGAAGAAGCGAGAAUGCUUGAGCAUUUUGGUCCUGAUUGGUGCUUAUAUUGAUUCAUUCAGACUUGUCCC